ACCUCCGCUGUUGACACGGCAUCUUGUUUUCACUUCAAGACUCUCUCUCUCUGUCUACCGACAUUGACUAGGCACUCGACUUGUGAGUUACCGCCAGGUACCUCGAUUUAAGCUACAGCCACCUGAACUGGCUCGCGACACUACAAAACAGCUGCUUUUUAAGAUGCUUCCAUGCCCGCUCCAUCUUCCGUUCCAAUUGACAGAAAUUCCGACUACAACUCGGUCAACGGACGACGCAGACUGGAGAUGUACUCUUUGCUCCCUUUUCGAUCAAGAUCAGCCUCGGCGAUCAGGAAGCUUCCCGAACAAAGUGGGCUGCGACAUCGUCUCCAUUCUCCAUUUGUUCGUCUGCGUCUCUGCAGGAAGUUGGUGGCACACUCGCAUGAGAUUCUUCCGAUGCCCUCGACUCCCCCAGCUUCACAACGCCCCUUGCCCCGCUCAUGACAUGCAACGCCUGCAGAGAAGAGGUUGACGUGAUACGGCUGCGUCCUGUGGCCAUGCACCCCGGCCGCCGAGGUCGAUUCCUGUACAUAGUAUAGCACACAUGGUACAUGGCCAAAUAUCGACUGUUUCUGCCCGAGAUUCUUCUCGGCCAAAAGCCGCUGUUUCGUGGUUGGGUAUGCUAUGUAAGUCGAGCACUCCAAAUCACUCAGUACUAAGGACCGUGUCGCUGAGAGAACACUUCUCACGAUGGUCCCGACAGUGCCGGCCACACUGCAGAUUUCCUCUGGUAAGCUUUCCCUCAGUCUCCAAUCAUGGGGAAGCCAUCUGACCCAGGUGCGGCUGCAACAAGCGGCACCCAUUCGUCCAUCGCCGAUCCUUCAACCUUAGUUGUGUUUUGCCCCUCGAUCAACACCCGGCCAAGCCCAAACCUGUGGUCAGUGGUGCCAUAGCGCAACAUCCAGCAGCAUUCCACUGGUUCCUAGUCAUCUUCGUCCCAGAUAUAUCGUCCAUGGGAGCGUCCGAGCUGGCGCUGUAGGAUCUCACCCUUUACCAGUACAAGGUCAACACUGCGGACAUGCGCGAGGCACAAAGUCGGCAUCCCUUUCGCUUGUGACCUCGCGCGCAACAUGACGCACACGCCGCCAAUCAGCCCCGGACCACGACGGCAAGCGGGAGCCACGGUCGAGGUUUUCAAGGCCCUUCCUUGUAAACAGCAUUUGGGGUUCUGCCGUUGGGGAAGGCGACUUUGCGAAAGGCCUUGCAGCUGUUCUUCUGCUCCUAUCCAACACCCCGCACCGAAGUCCGUGUAAUAAUACCGGUUGCGAUACCACCAGCAGCUCUCACAACGGGCACCCACUAGGAACGUUGGAGAAACCUUUCGCUGUGUCAAUGACAAGAAAAGAAACAGCCCUGCAAUGUCGAUACACCAGGUAAUCCGAUGGGCAAACUAAGCCCAUUGGUCACCUAUAUCGACCAUUGGGCCAACUCCUCACCCCCCCUUCCAGCUUCUCCU